UGUGUUUUAUCAUUGUGCACAGAACAAAAACAGGGAAGAGGGGGGCGAAGAAUAUCUCCUAUAGUAUCAUGUACAGAAAUUUUCUAUUUAGUUGAUUGGUAAGACUGAGGAGUUGGAAUGGGUUUGAGAGAAUACCUACAACAGACAUUAUCGUUUGUCAGCAUCGCAGAGAAAUAUUUUCUUUCGAGCGGUUAUUCUUGUUCGCCAUUGUGCAACGAUAUACUUUUUAUGUUGCGUGAAACGUAAUUAAAUACGGUAACAAACGGUAAGCGCUUGAUAUCUAUGAAAGACACGCAUGUUCCUAUCAAGUAACGAGAAAGUCGUGCUGGAUACAGGGGCAGCUUGAUAAAUGGAACGUACAAUCGAUCAGUUCCUGACCUUUUUCUACUUAGGCAAUGAUCGAUACAAUAGGUGUUUCGAGUUAAAAUGUAUUCAUGGUUAGGAGACGAUGUGCUAGAAUUUAUCGGAUUGAUUUUCUCAUCAGGGAGAAGAAUAACAAAUAUGUCGAAUGCUCGGAAUGAAUUAAAAAACGAGUGGCAAGAGCUUCAACAAUUUCAAACAGCCUUGGACAAAGCUCAACAAGAGGUUACGAACCUCGAUCAGAAAUUGUGUCACGCCAGAAGAAAUCUAGAAGAAGAGAAACGUAAGCGUCGAAUGGUCGAGAAACAGAGAGAUUUAUUGGAGAGCCAAAUUAGUGCGGUUCGAGAGAUAUUAUUUCACAACGAGGAAGUAAGCUUGGACGAAGGGAUAAAGAAGAGAUUACAAUUUCUUAACAAACCUGUCAUCACAAGGAGCAAACAUAGCGUGCAUAUCAGUGAUACGCAGAACGACAGGCAGCUGAAUGCGAUAAUGGAAAUGGACUCUACAGGUUCGAUAUUGAGCGAUUUAAAUUGUUUGUCAAAGUCAGAAGAUGAUUUGGAUACUAACGUUACGCUCUUACAAAGUCAGAAGCACGAAUGGGAAGAACACACAGCUAGUUGUGAAAGUUUAGGCAAACAACACAAUACACUGGUCAGAGUCGCAGAAUUUAACUCAUCGGACAGAGCAGCAGCUAAAUCAAGCGAUGGUACAUACAUGGUGUCUUGUCAAACUCAAGACACAUCUGGUGGCAACGAAAAUGUCAAUUCUAAAGUGUCGGAAACAAGAGUACAUGCGAAUCAUAUAUUUGUGUCAAAGAUGGUGAUUAAACCAGAAACGUGCACUCCUUGCGGUAAGAGAAUCCGCUUUGGGAAAAUAAUGCUAAAAUGUAGGGAUUGUCCGAUAAUGUGUCACAUGGAGUGCAAGACUACAAUUUGGCAACUAUGCGUUCGCGAACAGUCAACAGCUUUAUGCGGCUAAAAGCAUCGUGUAUGAAUCAGUGGGCUCAACAAUGGGCUAAAUUGGAUAAAUCAGAACGAGAGGACAUCCCACACGAUGCAGUCAACUAGGAAAUUGUUUAAAUCUUAUUGGCAUUGAGACGUGUGUGUGUGUGUGUGAGAGAGAUGUGUACACACAUAUGCAUUGUAUAUAUAUAUAGAUAUGUGUGCGUGUAUACGUAUGUGUAGAUAUUGUUUUGUACAUUGAAUCAAGUUAGCAGGAAAAUAUCUUAAAAAGUACACGAAUCGGGAGUAUCUUAUUAAUAAACAGCAUUUAUACAA